AAGGCCUCUUUAAUUAGGCGGGCGGUGUGUCCGGUGUGUCCGUGAAAGGUUUUAAACUUCGAAAACCUAUGUGCGUUUGACCACAUACCACAUUGUGCCAAACUGCACGAAAAUGGAACGUCCUCGUUUUCCUGUGUGCAGAAAUCACAUAAAAGCUAGCUUGCUCUUGUGUUAUGUAGAAUUUUGGUAUUGGUUUUAGUUUGUGUAGAGAAAAUGUCAAAAGACCCAAGAUUAAUUUUGCUUCCAGUUGAUGACUCGCCUCACAGCGAAAGAGCUUUUGAUUGGUACCUUCAACAUUUACAUCGACAAGAUGAUCAACUUGGUAUUGUCCAUUUUCAUCAAGCACCUCAACCGACAGCUGAAAAGUAUGGUGUGUUAAGUGUUGGUUUGGUUGAUGAUUCAGAUAAAUUUAAGGAAGAAAUGAAAGCAAGCUUGCAGAAAUCAAAGAAAUUGAUUGAGAAAUACGAAAAGAAGGCUAAAGAUUCUGGGAUAAAAAGCGAAACAUUGCUUACGAGCAGUGUUCAUGGCCCUGGAGCAGGAAUAUGUGACCUUGCCGAAAAACGUAAUGCUGCCGGAAUUGUUAUGGGAUCCAGAGGUUUGAAUUUGUUAAGAAGAACAUUUUUGGGCAGUGUCAGUUCAUAUGUUAUAAACCAUGCUAACACUGCAGUCACAAUCACACCGCCUGAAAAGAACCUAUCAGUGUCAUCAGGACAUACGGACGAAUCAGAAAUUCUUACUUAGGUUUGAUGUGAAAAUAACUUUUAUAUUAUCCAAAUUAAAACUGAACUUUUAGGAAAUGUAAGGUAUAUAUAUAAAUAUAUAUAUAUAUAUAUAAAAGAGGGUGCCGACUCACAGUAUAAUAUAAUUUUCCACCUUAUACAUAUGUUCAUAUGUUAUGUUUCAUACUACAACUACCUUAGACAUUUUUGUUGUGCUGCAGCGAUGAUUUUUAUUCGGUUUAA